CCAAAGUCCAAAGAGUUGGAUUUAGAGGGGUUUGCUAUAUAAAAGAAAACAUUUGGCAGGUUUUUUUUUUUUAAGAAAAGAAAACGAAUUCUUGAGACCCUAGUACAGCAAAAGAGCCCUUUGGCUUUUGCAGUUUGAGAGAGGGUUGGGACCAGGAGGGAGGCGUCCCAGUCAGUCUCCAGGACUAUCCAAGAGUUGGGCCCCUAUUGAUGGUGGGUGAGUGUUGAAGGCUGCUGCAAGGCCAUUUUUCCUUUAAUACAGAUUUUAGGACUCCCGAUGACAGAGAAAUUGGGCAUCACCCCCUGCUUUCUGCCAGCCUGCCUCUGGAUGGGACGGUAUGGCCGGGAAGGUGGGAGUCGUUGGCCUUUUGCGAAACUUCUGGCUGCUACCAAGUCUGAGGGCCAUUCAUCGACUUGGGCGGCGAGACAGCCAAUAGGAGGCUGCAUUUUCACUGACUUCCAACUGAAACCCAUUUCCUUCAAUAAUUAAAAAAAAAAAAGACCCGUCUUCUCAGAAAGGGUUUAUAGGCUUUUUACGAGAAUCAUAAAGGGGUCCAUGACCCAAAAGAAGUCAAGAAGUCCAAACUCCAGAAAAGUUCAAAUGGACCGAAUUAGCGGGAGAUGAUUGUCACCAUGACCCUGGGCUAGGAGGUGGGUGCUGCGAAGGAAGGGGCGUGCCUUCAGCGGCGGAAGGGGCGGGUAUUCGUCAUCGGAGCAGGAAGUUUAGCUGCCACUGCCUCCGCCUCCGCCUCCCCUAAGGCCGGUAAGGCCGAGGGUUCCUUCCGGCUUCCUCAAACCGCUCGCUCGCUGCUUUUGCCACUGUCCGGCCCGGCCCCGCGGGGACGCCGGCCCGCCGCCGCUAUGCAUGACGCCUUCGAGCCGGUGCCGAUCCUGGAGAAGCUGCCUCUGCAGAUUGACUGUCUGGCGGCCUGGGAGGAAUGGCUUCUCGUUGGAACCAAACAAGGUCAUCUUCUCCUUUACAGGAUUCGGAAGGAUGUUGUACCAGCAGAUGUAGCAUCACUUGAAAGUGGCAGUUGCAACAGAUUUGAAGUAACUCUAGAAAAAUCCAACAAGAACUUCUCCAAAAAGAUCCAGCAGAUCCAUGUGGUUUCCCAGUUUAAGAUUCUCAUCAGUUUGUUAGAAAAUAAUAUUUAUGUUCAUGACCUAUUGACAUUUCAACAAAUCACUACAGUUUCAAAGGCAAAGGGGGCUUCUCUGUUUACCUGUGACCUCCAGCACACUGAAACAGGUGAGGAAGUACUGAGGAUGUGUGUGGCUGUGAAGAAGAAGCUCCAGCUAUAUUUUUGGAAGGACAGAGAAUUUCAUGAACUGCAAGGGGACUUUAGUGUACCAGAUGUGCCCAAGUCCAUGGCAUGGUGUGAAAAUUCCAUUUGCGUGGGUUUCAAGAGAGACUACUAUCUCAUAAGGGUGGAUGGAAAAGGGUCCACCAAAGAGCUCUUUCCAACAGGGAAACAACUGGAACCCUUGGUAGCACCUUUGGCAGAUGGAAAAGUAGCUGUUGGUCAGGAUGAUCUCACCGUGGUACUGAAUGAGGAGGGCACCUGUACACAGAAAUGUGCCUUGAAUUGGACAGAUAUACCAAUUUCAAUGGAGCACCAGCCUCCAUACAUCAUUGCGGUGUUGCCUCGGUAUGUGGAGAUCCGGACAUUUGAGCCUCGGCUGUUAGUGCAGAGCAUUGAGCUACAGAGACCCCGCUUCAUUACUUCCGGAGGUUCAGACAUCGUCUAUGUGGCCAGCAACCAUUUCGUUUGGCGACUUAUUCCUGUCUCUAUAGCAACCCAAAUCCAGCAGCUUCUUCAGGAUAAGCAGUUCGAACUGGCCCUACAGUUGGCGGAAAUGAAAGAUGAUUCGGACAGUGAGAAGCGACAGCAGAUCCAUCACAUUAAGAACCUGUUUGCUUUUAACCUCUUCUGUCAGAAACGUUUUGAUGAGUCCAUGCAAGUCUUUGCAAAACUUGGGACAGAUCCUACUCAUGUGAUGGGUUUGUACCCUGAUCUGCUACCCACUGAGUACAGGAAGCAGCUGCAGUAUCCCAACCCAUUGCCAGUGCUCUCUGGGCCUGAACUAGAGAAGGCUCAUUUGGCCCUUAUUGAUUACUUGACUCAGAAAAGAAGCCAACUUGUGAAGAAACUCAAUGACUCUGACCAUCAGUCGAGCACCUCCCCACUUAUGGAGGGCACCCCCACUAUCAAGUCCAAGAAGAAACUCCUGCAGAUCAUAGACACCACAUUGCUUAAGUGUUACCUCCACACAAACGUGGCCUUGGUGGCUCCAUUACUGCGCCUCGAGAACAAUCAUUGCCACAUUGAAGAAAGUGAGCAUGUAUUGAAGAAGGCUCAUAAGUACAGUGAGCUCAUCAUUCUUUAUGAGAAGAAGGGGCUUCAUGAGAAAGCUUUGCAGGUGCUGGUAGACCAAUCUAAGAAAGCCAACUCCCCCUUGAAAGGCCAUGAGAGGACAGUGCAGUAUCUUCAGCAUCUGGGCACAGAGAAUUUACAUUUGGUAUUCUCUUACUCUAUCUGGGUGCUGAGAGAUUUCCCAGAAGAUGGACUGAAAAUAUUUACUGAAGAUCUCCCUGAGGUGGAGGCUCUGCCACGGGACCGGGUGCUGAACUUCUUAAUAGAGAACUUUAAAAGCCUGGCUAUUCCUUAUUUGGAACACAUCAUUCAUACCUGGGAAGAAACAGGAUCUGAGUUCCACAAUUGCCUCAUCCAGCUGUAUUGUGAAAAGGUCCAAGGGCUAAUGAAGGAAUACCUCAGCUCCUUCCCUAUAGAUAAAACUCCAGUCCCUGCUGGCAAUGAAGAGGGGGAGCUGGGAGAAUACCGGCAAAAGCUCCUCAUGUUCCUGGAGAUAUCUAGCUGCUAUGAUCCAAGCCAGCUCAUCUGUGAUUUCCCUUUUGAUGGUCUCCUGGAGGAAAGAGCUCUCCUUUUGGGGCGAAUGGGAAAACACGAACAAGCCCUCUUCAUUUAUGUCCACAUCCUGAAGGAUACAAGGAUGGCUGAAGAGUACUGCCAUAAACACUAUGACCGAAACAAAGAUGGCAACAAAGAUGUGUAUCUGUCGCUGCUUCGGAUGUAUCUGUCUCCACCUAGUGUUCACUGCCUGGGGCCAAUCAAGAUGGAGCUGCUGGAGCCCCAAGCUAAUCUCCAGGCUGCCCUACAGGUCCUGGAAUUACAUCACAGUAAACUGGACACCACCAAGGCCAUCAAUCUUCUUCCAGCCAACACUCAGAUUAAUGAGAUACGCAUCUUUCUGGAAAAGGUCCUGGAGGAAAACGCACAAAAGAAACGUUACAAUCAAAUCCUCAAAAAUCUUCUUCAGGCCGAGUUCCUGAGGGUCCAAGAGGAGCGCAUUUUCCACCAGCAAGUGAAGUGUAUCAUCACAGAGGAGAAAUUAUGUAUGGUGUGUAAGAAGAAGAUAGGGAACAGUGCAUUUGCCAGAUAUCCCAAUGGAGUGGUUGUACACUACUUUUGUUCCAAAGAGGUCAACCCAACUGACACCUGAGCCUCACCCCUACUAUGAGGUCAGUGGACUACAAUUCCUGUGCUUCCCAGAAGAAUGGAAGGAGUGGAAGCUCCUUAGGAAAAGAGAAUACUUCUAAGAGGAGUCUUCUUAUUUGGACACUGCUCGGUACCUUACAGCUUGGAGCGUCUCUGGACUAACUACUGACAACCCCAACAAUGUCGGCCUUUUAAGAGGAAGAAAAUGACUUGUACGGUUAAGUUGCUGGCAACUUUAAAGAAUCUCUUUGAUAACUUAGGAUGUGAGGUAGAUGCAUCCUCUGGUGUUUGCAUUAUUACACACUAAGAAAACUUGUUUGGAGCAUUUGUAACUGAAUGGGAAUUUUUCCAUCAAGAACCUUUUUUUGCAAAGGUAAAUGCAUGUCUUCACAAAGACUUAGAGGCCACACUAACUGGAAAGUACAGUGAGAAGAGAAAAAAGAAAGAAAAAAAAAAGAAACUUCUACAAGCUGCACCAUCUGUGUAGACAGAGCAACUAGCUUUCUAUUUAAGGAUGGGGUUUUUUUCUCCAUCUAGUAUUGGAACUAGACACUCCCAAGACAUUUCCCUCUUGACUUCCUCCCCUUUAUCUUUGUCUCCUUUCACUUUUAUCACUUUUUCCUUCUUACUCUCUUCCACAGUUUCUGAGGCCAGGAAUGAUGAGUAUUUGGCACUAUAUAAUGUUUGACAUGUAUGGGACUAAUUCUCCCAAAUUUUUGUAUCAGCUCUGCAAGUGUUAGGGGAGUGUGGGUGAGAAAUGUAAAUAUGUCCUAUUUGCACUGCACAAUCAGUCACUCCUCCCUUUGGGAAUGGGAGACGUGGAGGCCAUCAAUACCUUUCUAGGAAAGGAAUUCUAAAUCUACCCUCUGUUCAGUGGAGAAUAUGGGUCCUGCCAAGUUAGGACAUCAGAAAGAUUGGACCAGCAUCUGAGCUGCUGAUGUGAGAAUAUCCUUACAGACCCUGGCAGUGUUGACUUCUCCCAGCUCAUUCACCAGCAGCAUUAAAGUUGGUUUAAUAUUAGUAGAUGAUGCUACACCUCCUCUCCCUGCUAUUGGCUAGUUCUUGCUUGCACACUAUGCAGAUUAAGUCUGGUUCCCAGUCUGCCAGUUUGUUUUGAGGGAGCUGGUGGGUUGGGUUGCCAUACUGUAGGUGGUUGGGUCUCUGAGACAUUAAGAGAAAUUAUCCAGUCAAGCUAUAGUAGAGAGAGCUCUAGGACAUUCGUGAUCAUAUUCAGGGAGGGAUAGGAGAAGGCAACAGCAGUAAGUGGGCUUUUAAAGUACCCCCCCUUCUCCCCACUUCCUGCCCCCAGAGGCCCCCACAAAGUUCUUUAAAGCACUGCUUAGGAUACAUUCUUGCUAGCCACAGGAUUACUUGUGGUUAUGUGGAAUACAAUUUGCAAUACCCCUCACUUUAAAGGAUUAGGACCUACUCUCUGCUGUCCCAAUAGACAGACCAAGAACAUGAAGGAGUGUGGGUGGAGUCCUGCAUUCGGUCCUUAAUGGGGAUUUUGUGCACUUGACAGCUUCAAUUUUAUUGCCCUGAUACCUUUCGUGGGUUGUUUGAAGCAGGGCUGAGUGAUGGGGUAAUGCAUCCCUUCCUCUUUAUUGGCCAUAGUGGCCAACUCUUUCCUUUACUAGUGACCUGGGACCCUUUUUUCACUGUGGCAUUUUGGCAUCUCUUUCUGUGUGCUGUCAGGAUUGCCUUCAAGCUUGUGGGGUCUAUAGACUAUUGCCAAGGGAGACUAGUAAUAACCUGAAAGGGGUCCCAGUCCUCCAUGGACCCAUGUGUACUCUCUGAAGACAUAUUUGCCCCCAGAUCUGCUAUAACAUUUUGGCUCAUUAUUGAGAGAAGUGAUGGAGACAACUGGAAAUAUGUCUGAGAGAAUGAAGAGUCUUUGGGAAAGCUGUGAAGCAAGAAAACGAGAAAGGACCAGUUAUUAAUCUUUCGUUAUAUACAUAGCAGAAAAGAGUACUAGCACCAUGCCGCCAAGCAGGUAGCUUGGAGUUGGGUAAGAGGGCUCUCCUCGGCUUUCCUGCCUUUGAAGCCCUCUAGGAGGCAAAGCUCAUGUUUCAUUGACCUAACACCUCUCUCUGGUUUCAUUGAUUGUGAGCCAGAUUUGUUCAAAGCAAUAGAAUUAAAGAGUAUGUGUGGUCUUACAUGUUGCAAGCUGCUGCUUUGUCAACUCCAUCUCUCUUCCUUUAGCCAUACCCCUAUCUAGCACCUCCUUUUGGGAGAAGUCUACCCAAAAUGAGGUUUCGCCUACCAUAUUUAUCUUAGUUGGGUAUGAAAUUGUCAUAGUUACUAAGUGAGUUGUGGAAAAGGCACUGGAGAAUAGCUUUAUGGGAUGAGCUGGUGACAAUGAUGAUCUCUUGUUCCCUUCAAUAAUGAUAAUAAAAUUUAAUGAACCUUUCUAUCUCUAGUUUUUUUUUUCCCCUUUGUGGAUUUUAAUUGAAAAACUAAAAGCAAAAGAUGUUUGAUGCUCACAUAUUUUUUGGAGUAAGAGGAAAGCCAGGAAUCCUGGCAGAGUGAAGUGUAGACUGUACCUUGUUUAUGUGUUUCAGCUACUUUGAGUGACUCAACUUUAGUUUUCACUUUAGUUUUAUAAAAUUGUAGUUUUAGAACUGAAAGUGGGAAGGCAGCUAGGUGGCUCAGUAGAUUGAGAGUCAGUCCUAGAGAUAGGAAGUCCUGAGUUCAAAUGUGGUCUUAAACAGUUCCUAGCUUUGUAACCCUGGGCAAGUCACUUAACCCUUAUUGCCCAGCCCUUACCUAUCUUCUGCCUUGGAAUCAAUAUACAGUAUUGAUUCUGAGAGGGCAGGUAAGGGUUUAAAAAACAAAACAAAGCUGAAAAGAACUUAGAGUUCAUCUAGCCCCUCCCUCUCACAUCCUGUCCAGUUCACCCUAAUAAGGGUGAUUCAGGGCUAGGGCUAGAAAUAAAGGGAAGUCUUCUAGAAUGCUUCAUUUAGAUGUGUUUUCUUAAGGUCCUUGUUAUCCUUGGUCACUCACUUUUAUUACUGACUUCAGAAGUAAUCUAUCCCCUCUGUCUUUUCUUCCUGGGCCCUGGAAUUCUUUCCAUAAAAAGUAGAGGUUGGUGGAGAGUAAGAGAAGGGUGACAGAAAGGCAGUUGUAAGAAAAUAAAAGAUUUUGAUUCUCAUGCAAUUAUAGCAGAUUUACAGAAAUUCUAGGGCUGUUGUUUGUAUUAAUGCUAACUGGCUUUUGUAAUUUCUUCAAUAUUGAUUAAUAAAUCAUUAAACAUUUAUUAAUUUCCUAUUAUGUCUCAGACACUGUGCUAAGUGGUGGGGACACAAAAAGGCAAAUGACAGUCUGCCCUUAGGGAGCUUAUUAUCUAAUUGAGGAAACAAUAUGCAAAUAUAUAUGUGUAUGUAUAAAGAUACAUAUUUAUAUUUUUUUCUCUUUUCCAAACAAUUUUCCCAUUUUUAUUCAACCAGUCUCAUUUGAGUUUAGAAUUCCUUUUUGAGUUCUUCUAGUGCUUGAGAUCAAGUUCCAUUUUUCUUUGGAGUUUUUGCAUGUGGUUGCUUAGACUCACCAUCCCCUGUUGAUUCUGUGCUUUGCUCUUUGUCACUAUAUAUAUUUUCAAGGGUUAGGAGUUCCUUUUGCUGUUUACUCAUUUUCCCCAAUCUUUUUUUUUUGCCUGUGGACAGGUAAUUCUGAAAGCUAAAGAUUCUGUCUCCUCUGCUGCUGGCUUGUAGGGAUCCGCUGUGAAUUAUUUUGCCUUGGGACUGAGUUUUCACCACAGCAGUACUACGGACUACUGGGCCUCACUGUGCCAGGGCCUGGGACUUCAAGGGGUGGGUCUGAGGUGCUUUUUAGUUGGUUUUCCCAGGUCCUGGGAAAUUGGCCUAUGCCCAAGUUUGAGAUCUGGCCCAUUAGGUUGGGGAAUGGUUGGUUAGCUCUCCUCUGUGUGCAGUUUUGCUUCCACUUCCCCCUUAUCCUGUAAAAAUCACAUCUCUGCCUACCUUUCAAUUUGUGUUCUAUGGGAGAGCCCUCUCAAGCUCUACUUUGCUGUUGGUUUUUGACUCCUGUUAUUCUGAAACACUUUUAAAAGAUUGAUUUAGAAGGAUUGUCAGAGUGGUUUCAGCUUUUGCUGCUACUAAGCUGCCAUUUUGGCUCUGCUCCCCCCCCCCCCCCAUUUUCCAAACAAUUUUAAUAAAAUGAUUCCCAGGGAAUAAUUUUUUAACAUCAAGAUCACAUGUGGAUAUGUUACUGACCGUAACAAUAUAAUGAUUAUAUAUAAUUACAUAAAUAAUAAACAUAAUAAUGUAAUUUGAACAUUUGUUGGAAGAUUCUCUUUCAUAACAUAUACACAAUAGCCCUAAAAGCUACAUUUAGACAAUAUUCUUGCCACUGGCAAAUAAAUGUCUUUUUCCCUGAUGCAUAUAUAUAAAAUUUUAUAAAACACAAGCCAAAUCUAGAAUAAAUAGGAAGUAGUUAAUGAGAAGGUACUAGAGUUAAAAGGGGUUAGAAAAGGCUUCUUGAAAAAGAUGAGAUUUUAGUUAGAAUUUAAAGGAAGUCAGAGGGUGGUGGCUCAGUGGAUAGACUGCCAGUCCUGGGUUCAAAUCUGGCCUCAGACACUUCCUAACUGUGUGACUGGGCAAGUCACUUAACCCCAUUUGCCUAGCCCAUAAUGGCCUUCUGUCUUAGAGUUGUUACUAGGACAGAAAAUAAAGGUUUAAAAAAAGGAAGCUAGGAAGGUUGGUAGUUGGAGUGGACGAAGGAGAACAUUCUGGACAUGGAGAAUAUUCGGGAAGAAUGACAGUAGAUAAGAGAUGGAGUGUCUUGUUGGCAAAUCGCCAAAUGGACAGUGUCACAGGAUUGAAGAGUAUGUGUUGGAGAAUAAGGUGGAAAGGUAGGAGGAUUCUAGGUUUUGAAUGCCAAAUAUUUUAUAUUUUUUCCUGGAAGCAAUAGAGAGCCACUGGAGUUUAUUUCAGGGAGUGACAUGAUCAAGCAUGUGCUUUAGGAAAAUCAUUUUGGUAACUGAAUGGAGGAUAGAUUGGAGGAGGGAGAGACUUGAAGCACUAACCACAAACAGGCUAUUGUAGUAAAGGUGAUGAAAGCCUAUACUAGAGGGGUUGCAAUGUCAGAGAAAAGUGAUCAAUUUAAGAGAUAUAAUGGUGAAGUUGAUAGGUUCUGGCAACGAUUUGGAUAUGGAGGAUAAGACAGGUCAGAACUCAGGAUUACUCCUAGGUUGUGAGCCCGAGGGACUGGAAGGAUUGUGUUGCCCUCCAAAAUAAUAGAGAUGUGGAGGGUUGGAGGGUUUAGGGGGGAAAAGAAUGAACAUUGUUUUCAACAUAUUGGGUUUAAGAUAUCUACUGCACAUCAUUUUGAAAAAAUUGGGGGCAUUUAUUUUUAAAAUAAUAUUCUUUUUUCUCCAAUUACAUGUAACAACAAUUUUUAAUAUUUGUUUUUUAAAAUUUUGAGUUCCAUGCCCAAAGGGUGCUAAAAUUGCUGAUUGCCCUUUGACCCAGCCAUAGCACUGCUAGGUUUGUACCCCAAAGAGAUAAUAAGGAAAAAGACUUGUACAAGAAUAUUCAUAGCUGUGCUCUUUGUGGUGACAAAAAAAAAAAAUUGGAAAAUGAGGGGAUGCCCUUCACCUGGGGAAUGGCUGAACAAACUGUGGUAUAUGUUGGUGAUGGAAUACUAUUGUGCUCAAAGAAAUAAUAAAGUGGAGGAAUUCCAUGUGAACUGGAAUGACCUCCAGGAAGUGAUGCAGAGUGAGAGGAGCAGAACCAGGAGCACAUUUUAUACAGAAUGAUGCCCUGGUACAAUCGAAUAUAAUGGACUUCUCUACUAGUAGCAAUGAUCCAGAACUAUUCAAAGUAGCAAAGAUCCAGAACUAUUCAAAGGGACUUAUGAGAAAGAACACUAUCCACAUCCAGAGGAAGAACUAUGGAAAAGGAAACACAGAAGAAAAACAACUGCUUGAUCACAUGGGUUGAUGGGGAUAUGAAUGGGAAAGUGGACUCAAAAUGAUCACCCUAGUGCAAAUAUUAAUAAUAUGAAAAUGGGUCUUGAUCAAUGACACGUGGAAUUGUGGAAUUGUGCGUCGGAUACAGGAAAGGGGUAGAGGAAUGGGAGGGAAAGAACAUGGAAAAAUAUUCUAAAUCAUGUAAUUAAAUAAAAUUUUUAAAAAUUAAAAUAAAACAUAAAAUUUUUUUUUGAGUUCCAAAUUCCCACCCUUUCCCCCUGGUAAGCAACUUGAUAUAGGUUAUACAUGUGCAAUCAUACAUUUUCACAUUAGUCAUGUUGUGAAGGAAAACACAGAUUAAAAAAAAAAAACAUAAAAAAAAACCUUGUCAAUCUGCAUUCAGACUCCAUCAGUUCUUUCUUUGAAAGCAGAUAGCAUAUUUCAUCAUGAGCCCUUUGGAAUGUCUUGGAUCAUUGUAUUGCUGAGAAUAACUAAGUCAUUUACAGUUGAUCAUCAUACAAUAUUGCUAUUACUGUGUACAAUGUUCUCCAGGUUCUGCUCAUUUCACUUUGCAUCAGUUCAUAUAAGUCCAUGUUUUUUCUAAAAUUAUCCUGCUUAUCAUGUCUUAAAAAAAAAAAUCUCUGAGAUAGACCCAGGAGUGUCAUCGUUGGAUCCAAGGGUAUGCAGAGUUUUAUAGCCCUUUGGGCAUAGUUCCAGUAUAUUUGGAUCAGUUCACAUCUCCACUAACAGUACACAUCCAGUUUGAGAUUAGAAAUUGAAGGUCUGCAGAGAGGUUGGGGCAGGAUAGGUAGAUCUGAGAGAGACCCAGCAUAGAAAUGGCAAUUAAAUUCAUGGGAGCUGAUGAAAUCACCAAGUGAAGUGGUAAUAGAAGAGUUUUGAGGGCUUAGGAGAAAACUCUGGGGGCUACCUACAUAUAAGAGUGUGGUCUGGAAAAGGAGACAGAAGGAAGUUGUCAGAUAGGAGGAGGAUCAGUAGAGAGCAGUGUCCCAAAAACCUAGAAAGAAGAGAGUAUCAAGGAGGAGGGAAUGAUCAAUAGUGGCAAAGGCUUCUGAGAGGCCAAGGAAAAUGAGGACUAAGAAAAGGUUGAAUUUGGGAACUAUAGAGAACUAUUAACUUUGGAGAGAGAGUGGAGGUAGGUAUUGUAUAGAUGACCUUUGAGUUUAGCUCCAAAGAGCAGAAGAGCUAGAGGAUGACAGCUGGAUCAAGGGAGGGGUUUUCAGAGUAGGAGUAACAUGGGCUGGUUUAUAAGCAGAAGGGGAAGAGCCAGAAGUACUCCUGAAAGAAUGUGAAUUUCUCUCCCUUCUAGCUUUCAUUUUCUGGAGCAGUGAAAAGAGGAUGCAGACACCCUCCCUCCCCUCUUCCUUUCGGCCACCUCUUCCCAGUGGAGUCAGCUCCCUUAUCUCUUUGCCCAGAGUCAUCACCAUGAGUCACCCUUUGUGAGGCACUGGUACAUACCCAUUGUGAUUGGUCAAGUGCAGAUGGAUUUUCUUCCUCUGUUUCAGGUCAUUCAUCCUGUCUGUCUACAGUACAGUGAUACACCAGAGUAGAGUAGAGAAGUUGGUGAAUUUUGUCUUUCUUUUACCAUUUUCUCUCAGAAUGGCAUGCCAUAAUCUGUCUGGGCUGAGACUGAAACUGAAAAACAAGGCCAUGAGUGAAGGCAUAGCCUGAUGGAGCAAG